CAUUUUUUGUGGUCAUUUCGGAAUAUUGCCAUGUUGCGCCAAAUUGUCUCCCGUAGUGCUGCGUCCAUCCGCCAUGCGUCCCGCGGUAUGGCGACAUUCGAGCGCAACAAGCCGCAUCUUAAUGUGGGUACGAUCGGUCACGUCGAUCACGGCAAGACCACUUUGACCGCUGCCAUCACCAAGGUGUUGUCGGAGCAAGGUGGCGGCAAGUUCGUUGCGUUUGAAGAUAUUGACAAGGCCCCGGAAGAGCGCGCUCGUGGUAUCACGAUCUCGACGUCGCAUGUCGAGUAUGAGACUGAAAACCGCCACUACGCGCACGUCGAUUGCCCCGGUCACGCCGAUUACGUCAAGAACAUGAUCACGGGUGCUGCCCAAAUGGACGGUGGGAUUUUGGUCGUGUCCGCCACGGAUGGCCCGAUGCCCCAAACCCGCGAACACAUUCUGUUGUCCCGCCAAGUCGGUGUCCCUGCCUUGGUCGUUUUCUUGAACAAGGUCGACAUGGUGGACGAUGAAGAAUUGCUCGAAUUGGUGGAAAUGGAAAUCCGCGAGUUGCUCGACUCGUACGACUUCCCCGGUGACGACAUCCCUGUCGUCCGUGGUUCGGCGUUGCAAGCUGUCCAAGGCACGGAUUCGCCUCUUGGAAAGGAUGCGAUCCUUGAAUUGAUGAAGCAAGUCGACGAAUACAUCCCCGAACCCGUUCGUGACUUCGACCGUCCGUUUUUGUUGCCCGUCGAAGAUGUGUUUAGUAUUUCGGGUCGUGGUACUGUUGUGUCGGGCCGUAUUGAGACGGGUGUCAUCAAGCCUGGGGAUGAAGUCGAAUUGGUUGGCAUCCAAGCCACGUCCAAGUCGACCUGCACGGGUGUCGAAAUGUUCCGCAAGUCGCUCGAAAUCGGCCAAGCCGGUGACAAUGUCGGUGUGUUGCUCCGCGGGUUGAAGCGCGAAGAUGUGCUCCGCGGUCAAGUGUUGUGCAAGCCCGGCAGCAUUAACGCCCACACCAAGGUGACGGCUCAAGUGUACGUGCUCAAGAAGGAAGAAGGUGGCCGACACACGCCAUUUUUCAACAACUACCGCCCCCAAUUCUUUUUCCGCACAGCCGACAUCACGGGCAACGUCACGCUCCCAGAGGGCACGGAAAUGGUCAUGCCUGGUGACAACUUGACGUUGAACAUUGAGCUGAUCCACCCCGUCGCGAUCGACGAAGGCAUGAAGUUUUCGAUCCGAGAAGGUGGCCGCACGAUCGGCGCUGGUGUCGUCGCGACCGUCGUCGAGUAAAUCGGUCGCCCCACAUAACGACAAACAACCAAAACACCACCUUGUUCUACUAGUUUAACACCGAAUGCAUCCCAUUUGGACUCGCUCCCAUUCAUCCUGAUUGCGAUCAAGGGCUUGUGCAAUGGGCGGUCGAUCCUUGGUCCAUGGCCAAGUGGACAUGGCGUUAAGGGGGGGUUGGGACUCGGUUGGAUGGGGUCAUGGCGCGUUCGACGCACUGCAGACGGCGGUCCAGCGUCCUCAGCGAGUCUUCCACUCGAUCGAAUCGUGUCUCAAUGAAGUGGCGGAGGUGGGAAACCAUCUCG